CUCGCUUUCCUCCAGUCAAACCCGGCGUACAGUUGAGAAAAAAACUCAAAAGAGAAGUUCCAGCGCUGUGGAGGAUCUGAUUCUGACAGCUGCAGGUUCACUCGCAUCACUCCGCGUUUACCACGAACACCCGGGGAACUCUAGCAAAUGUCAGGACGCGCGAUGGUUUCUGCUGGGAAACUUAAAGGUGUUUUCACUUCCAAAUAAAGAGGAAUCGGCGCCUGCUUUCUUAGAGAUCAACUCUAUGACGAGGAUCCACAGCGGAAUAAAUCAACAGAUUUCACCCGGGAUGUCGGCUGUGUUUGCCGUUCUGUGCGCACUCUUGGUUCCGCGCGUCCCGGUUGCAGCGGAUCUAAGCGCGGUGAACUGCAGCCAGGUGAAAGACGCGUUUACUGACCUGGGUUACAGUCCUGCAAAUGUUCCCAGCGAAGAAACAGCAGGAGAGGAUCUGCGGGUUUGCGCUCCUCAGAGAACGUGCUGUAACGCAGAAAUGGAGGAGAACUUAAGCCAGAGAAGCUCACGGGACUUUGAGAAGCUCAUGGACGACACGAGCGAAGAGCUGAGGGACACGUUUAUGACCGGACAUAAAAGGUUUGACGAUUUCUUCUUGGAGUUGCUGGAGAACACGGAGCGCUCUCUGAACGAGAUGUUUCUGCGCACGUACGGGAAGCCCUACUUACAGAACGCCGAGGUCUUCCAGGGCCUGUUCGCCGAGCUGAAGCGAUACUACACAGGCGGCAACGUCAAUCUGGAGGAGAUGCUGAACGAUUUCUGGAUGCGUCUGCUCGAGCGCAUGUUCCAGCUCCUGAAUUCCCAGUAUCUCAUCAACGAAGACUAUCUGGAAUGCAUCGGCAAGUACAUGGAGCAGCUUAAGCCCUUUGGAGACGUUCCCAAGAAGCUGAAGUCUCAGGUUACGCGGGCGUUCAUCGCCGCCCGCACCUUCGUCCAGGGCCUUAUGGUCGGACGGGAAGUGGCUAACAGGGUUUCCAAGGUCACAAUGAGCUCUGCGUGCGUCAGCGGCUUCACUAAAAUGCUCUACUGCUCGUACUGUCAGGGUUUGUUCACGCUGAAGCCCUGCAACAACUACUGUCUGAACGUGAUGAAGGGCUGCUUGGCCAACCAGGCCGAUCUGGACCCGGAAUGGAGCAAAUUCAUCGAUGCCAUGCUGCUCGUGACGGAACGUCUCGAGGGCCCCUUCAACAUCGAGUCGGUCAUGGAGCCCAUCGACGUGAAGAUCUCCGAAGCCAUCAUGAACAUGCAGGAGAACAGCAUGCAGCUCUCCUAUCAAGUUUUCCAAGGUUGUGGACAGCCCAAGCCUUCAGGAAUGAGCAGGUCGGCCCGCGGCGUCUCCGACACGUUCAGCGGCCGCUUCAGCCCCUACAACCCCGAGGAGCUUCCGACCGCCGCGGCUGCCACUCGACUCGACCGCCUGGUGACUGAUGUCAAGGAGAAGCUGAAGAAGUUCAGGAAGUUCUGGUCGUCACUUCCCGAGGCCUUCUGUCAGGAGGAGCAUGUGGCGGCAGCAGAAAGCACUGAGGACGACUGCUGGAACGGACACGACAAGGGCAGAUACGUCCCAGAGGUUCUGAAAGACGGACUGACCAAUCAAGUAAAUAACCCGGAGGUCGGCGUUGACAUUUCCAGACCGGACACUCUGAUUCGACAGCAGAUUAUGGCUCUCAAGGUGAUGACCAACAAACUCAAAAACGCUUAUGACGGCAAUGACAUCUACUUUCAGGACUCAAAUGACGAGAGCAGCGGUUCUGGCAGCGGCAGCGGCUGCACUGAGUCGUGCGUCACUGAAUCAGACUCCUUCAUCACUGAAGCUCCCGUUCAAGAAAAAGAGAAAACAGUUGAUAUAUCUUCUGCUUCCAUCAUCCAGCCCAACCUACUGCUGCUGUUGCUGGUCUUCACCGCGCUGGCCUUGAAAGAGCACUGGAGAUAGUGACCGCUGAGCUCCACACAGACUGAUUCUUGUGUUUUAUAUCAGACUGGACCGCUGAUCUCAGCCGUCUGAUGACUUUAAGGCCGUUCUUCCUGAUUCAAAGAUCACCGAGCUGCAUUUUUUGCACGAUGGAAGAUCUUCAAAAGGGCCGUAAGCAUUACACAUCUGAUAUAUAAAAGAUGUCAAGGUUUUUUUUGUUUUUUGUUUUUUUUUUUUUUUUUUUUUUUUAUUUCUAGUACAGUAGAUUAAAGGAGUAGUUCACCCCAAAAAAAUUAGCUGAAAAUGUUCUCACCCUCAGGCCAUACAAGAUGCAGAUGAGUUUGUUUCUUCAUCAGAUUUGGAGAAACGUAGCAUUACAUCACUUGCUCAUCAAUGGAUGUGAAUGGGUGCCGUCAGAAUGAGAGUCCAAACAGCUGAUGAAAACAUCACAAUAAUCCACAAGUAAUCCACACCACUCCACUCCAUCAAUUAACGUCUUGUGAAACCAAAAGUUGCAUGUUUGUAAGUAAUAAAUCCACAAUUCAGGUGUUUUAACUUAAAAAAAAGCAUUACUUUUGGACAAAAUACGAGUCUAUAAUCCAUAAUAAUGCUUCUUCCAGUGAAAAGGUCCAUCUUCUGUUGUCUCUUACAUCAAAAUCCACACACAUAUUUGUUUAGAGCUGUUUUGGAUUGUUUUUAAACAGUGCUUGAUCUGUGCAGAUUUCUCUCCUGAUUCAGACCAGACCACUUUUUCACUGGAGGAAGCAUUAUUAUGGAUUAUGGACAUAAGAUGUUAAUUGAUGGACUGGAGUGGUGUGGAUUACUUGUGGAUUAUUGUGAUGUUUUUAUCAGCUUUUUGGACUCUUAUUCUAACGGCACCCAUUCACUGCAGAGAAGUGAUGGAAUGCUACAUUUCUCCAAAUCUGAUGAAGAAACAAACUCAUCUACAUCCUAGAUGGCCUGAGGUUACGUAAAUUGUCAGCAAAAUUUUAAUUUUUGGGUGAACUAUUCCUUUAAAGGGACAGUUCACCCAAAAUGAUUUACUCAUCCUUCACACAAACCCGCAUGCUUUUAUUUAGAGAUUGACAGUUAAUGUAAAAAAAAAAAUGCAUACAGAUUCUUUAAAAUGUCUUAUUUUAAUAAUGGCAGGACUGUGUGAACUAUCCCUUUAACCGCAACACAUUUAUCUUUUAUAUUUUGCAGGUUAUUAAGGUCUUCUUAUGUAUUCUUCUUACAUACAUUUUGAACAUUUUCAUGCAGGUGUAGCUUUUGUGAAUGUGGAUGAGAAUAUCUAGAAUAAUAUAAAUACAUUAUAUGAACAGGAUCUGAGAAAUUAGGGAAAAUAAAUCACAUUGCAUCACAGUGUUUAGUUCUCAUGCACAAAAUGUCAUUCUCGCAUAUAAUAUUAACAUGUUAGAACUUCAUAUGAUUGAUCAAACCUGGUUGAAUGGCAGUGAAUGCUAUUGAAAUGUGAUUCACAGUAUUGUUAUUUCAGAUGUUUUUUGGUGAAAUCUAAUGCCAGUUUUAAUCUCUUCAAAGCAUCAGGAGAUUCAGAUUCUGUGCCCCAUGUAAUAAAUGAGAAAUCAUUUGCACAGUCUUUAAUUUGCACAAGUGCUUAUGCAGUUUGUGGGGACAUUUUAGUGUAUAUGUAGAAUGAUUGAAUGAUUGUAAACAAUAAUACCAUUCCAUGGACAGAAAUAUAGAUUUGUGGUACUGUAAGUGUGUUUUUAAUCAUGUUUUCUACUUAAAAGACCUGGAUGGUAGUGUUUCCACUACAUAAAUCCCUCACAAAACAUCUGCUUCAUAAAAGUCCAUAUUGACAUAUCAGUGUGAAUCUGUCAGUGGAAGAUUAAGGCUGACGGAUUUAUUAUUAUGAGUGUUAUUUUUAUAUUUAGAAGAUAUUGUUACUUAUUUUACUUAUUUCCUUUGCAAAAUCUGCUUUGCUUUUUUUAAGCACUUACCUUUCAGUAUUAGUCUUAUUAAUAUGUACACUUACGGUGCAAAAAACAUAUUCUUAAUCUGAAUUUUUUUCCAACAAAAUAUAGAUCCUUUAAUUAAGAGUAUUUAAUUGAGAAGCAGGUUUUCAGAGAACAAAGUCUGGAGUUGUUUGCCUUUCUUACUUUUUUAAAAAGCAUACACCUUACUAAAUUUUGAUUUUAUGCUUAAAAAAUGAAAAAGGUUAACUUUUAACUGAAUAAGAAAUUUAUUUUUUCUUAUUUUUUUAAAACAAGUCUUUAUUAGUUUGUUCAAUUUUGAAAAUCUCGUUUCAAAGGUAAAAAAUACAAAAUUCUGAUUAAGAACAUGUUUUUAGCACUUACUAAUUACAUUUCGCAGUGCUUUUUGAGAUUAUUUACUGCUUUUUGCCCCCUUUUUUUUUAAAGAAUGUAAUGUAAUGCACUUUGAUAUUAAGAUGUGCAAUGAUCUUUGUUUUUAUUAGAGAUUCCUAUUUCAAUACAGGGAAAACAUACUUUGCUACAGGGAAAACUAAGCUGAUUUAUAGCAGUAUUAUAGAAAUACUCAAACUAUUAACCAUAAAGAAAUUUCAAUCAAAUCAGGACGCUAUUUAAAAAUAAAAAAAGAAACAAGAAAUCGUUUAAAAAACACACACACAGAAUAUAAGGGCUAGAUUUAUUGAGCUCUAGUCAUUUUGACUUCAGUCUUGACUCAAAUGUGAUCUUAUUGUGAAAUGCUCAUGUUGACUAUUUACAAUUUUCUGGAAGAAAUGUCCUGGAUAUGUUACACAAGUUUCAUUCAUCAGUUCUAUUGUAAAACAGGCAGAAAUCUCAUUGUGCUUCUGUACAUGUCUUGAAUAAGUUCCUUUCACAUUCAUAAUGUUAGUACAGUGAAGACAGAUUUUAGUGUGUAAACAUGAAUUCAUCAAACUUGUGCAUCAAAAAAGAUUUUUAAACAGAUAUUCCCUAUUGCUGUUUGUAAAGAUUUUGUUAGCAGGUGGAUCAAAACUAAACUUUUAAAACAUUCCGUUUUUUGCAUUGUAAUUCUUUUAAAAGCACCAAUUAAUGAUCAAAUCCUUUAUCUUUUACUAUUGUUUGUGUCAUACUUGCAGUUUUCAUUUCAGUGUAUUAGAGCAAAAAAAAAAAGACACAAACACAUCUGGAAAUGGGUGGAUUUGAUAUUUACUGUCUCAACUCAAUAUUUUGUGGCCUUUUCCUUAUUGUUUUGUAUUUUUUCCUAACAUAAUCACGGUUACUGCAUUUUUUUUUUCUUUUUACUUUUUUUCAUUAAAUUGAGAAUGUGAUUUUCUACAA